GAGGAGCUUCAAUCAAGCGCAGGAGAGAAACACAGCGACGCUGCCUCAAAUUAUAAUGCGCCCUCUGGUGGCAAUUGGUGGAAUAGAGCAGGGGGGACUGGGAGAGGAGACAUCUCUUCUCCUGCCACACUGAGAAACUCAGAGAGUUGCGUGAAGGUGGUAGACUUAAUCUGUGAACUCAUCUGACAAUGGCUUCAAUGUAACGGACAGUUUUAAGUUUUUAAGUGGUGAUUUAUUUUAUUGUUGUUGUCCAGUGCAAAGUGCAACGAGCGUCCUGCGUCCUGACCGUGUUGCGUUCAAUGUCUUAUUCUUCUUCUCUGACAAAUCAAAUCUCUGUAGCCACAGUCCGCAGUACUGAGGCUGCUGUCCUGAUUUGAGGAGAGCUGUCAAGAGAGCGGAGAGACUCAACCACAGAGAGCGUUUUCUGAAUUUCAGGGAUUUUUUUUCAUGGAGUAAAAGAUCUGUUACGGAGCAUGUGAUGACAAAUCAGCUCAUUUAACUGCAGCUGCAACUUUUCACUCCUCCCUAGACGUGGUUUGGUGUUGUUUUUUUCUUUGUUUAGCUUCAUCUGAUAGAUUCACAUAUAUUUUUUUUUUCUCAAUCCCGGGGAAAUGUCUCGUAAGAAGGCUGCCAAAGGGAAUAAAGCCUCCGCCGCCAGCAGCCCGGCGUCCACAGGCAGCCCCUCCACCACCGCCGCUGCUGCUGCUGCUGCUACACCCGGGGCAACGAGAGGCACCGGGGGGAAAGGUGCGAGGAGCAGCCCGGGCAUCGUUCAGAUGAACGGUGUGGUUCAUCCCAGCAGACCCUCCAUCAGCAACAGCAGCGAGUUUUAUGACAUCGCCUUCAAGGUGAUGGUGGUUGGAGACUCUGGUGUGGGGAAAACCUGUCUGCUUGUCCGUUUUAAAGAUGGAGCGUUCCUGGCUGGCAGCUUCAUAUCCACCGUGGGCAUUGACUUCAGAAAUAAGGUCCUGAACAUUGAUGGAGUCAAGGUGAAGCUCCAGAUCUGGGACACAGCUGGACAGGAGCGGUUCCGCAGUGUCACUCAUGCCUACUUCAGAGAUGCCCAUGCUCUCCUUCUUUUGUACGAUGUCACCAACAAAAGAUCCUUUGACAACAUACAGGCAUGGCUGACGGAGAUCCAUGAAUAUGCUCACCAGGAUGUUGUGCUCAUGCUGCUCGGAAACAAGGCUGAUGCGACCCAUGACAGGGUGGUGAAGAGAGAAGAUGGAGAGAGGCUUGCUAAGGAGUUUGGAGUUCCCUUCAUGGAGACCAGUGCCAGGUCGGGUCUCAACGUGGAGCUGGCUUUUACCGCUGUGGCCAAGGAGCUGACGCACAGGUCCGUGAAGGAUCCCAGUGAGAAGUUUAAGCUGCAGGAGUAUGUAAACAAGGAGAUGAAGAGCACUGGGUGCUGCAGGUCUUAAAGCCUUCUCCAGUCCCUCUCUGGAUUUACUGUAUGUGUAUAUCACUCAUCUUCACAUACAAGUGUGUGUCUGUGUGUUUAUGUCUGACCUGAUCUGAGAUGAGUAGUGAGCUCCGGCAAAGUAAUAAACCUGUUUGUCCUUCCGAGUCUCCGCUCACAAACCGCUCAGUACUCCGUUGCCCUGCACUCAUCUCACUGCCUUCCAUCCAUCUUGUUUGUCUCAUAUAAAUAACUUUGCAUUACUUUGUGUGAUUUUAUCACCGACUGACUUGUAUUUUAAAGCCAUUUAUGUCUGACUUACACUUAAAGGAAAUUGAUUUGAAUUCUGUAUUCUUGUUGAAGACACAGGUUGUUGAUAUAAUAGAUGUAUAGUGAUGUGUCCUCUCUGUGUUUGUCCGUAUUUUAGGCUCCGUCGAGCCACUUUAGCUCACCAGCAUAAACGCAGUCUAAGAAUUUCCAUAAUAAUUCAGCUGUAGAGUUUUGGAAAUAUAUGUCUUACUUAAAAUAGAACGUACAACAAAAUGAAUGUUGCUUUUUAUAUUACAAAGAUAUGGAGCAUAAAACUGCAUCAUUAGUCAAAUUAAACUAUUAUGUUGGUAGAUUUAAAUUCAGGCUAAGUGCAAAAAUAAGUAGUUUAGAAGUAAUGGAAAUUAACAGACACAAUUAUUUGGGAUUUGUUUUUCUAUUAUAGAAAAGCUGUGAUGCAACAUUUCUUCUAAAUAAAAAUAACAAUGGUUGGUUUAUAAAUUAUUUAAAUAAAAAUAUUGGUUUGACACGUAACCUAUUGGGGGUUUAAUGGUGUAAAUACUUAACUUAUUUCUGCAUGUCUCCAUGGGCCUUUGGAAAUAAAAAUGAUAGUAACUGAA